UUCACGCAGUUUAGAAGGGGGACAGGAAGGAGUGCGUUCAGAUGAGAUGUCCCAGCCCCAGCUUAAUUUUAUAAAUAUGUAUACUAUUACUUUACGUUAGUCUCCAUGGGGCGCUAGCAUUAUUCUGAGAGCUCACCUCUGGAACCGCACCGGAGCGUGCUACGUGCAUGAUGGGUAGACGAGAGGCGGACGGUGGAGGCGCGAUGACCACCAGCGAGCGCUCCGAGUUGGGAUCUCUGUUGCAGGACACUGUAUCCACUUCUUCCAGCAGCGGUACUAGGCAGCAAAGGAGUCUGGGGUCCCCCACAGUUCCCCGGGAGACAUCUACCACCACAGCCUCGUCAGAGGUGAAGAAGCACCAGCACAAACACAACCUCAAGCACCGGUAUGAAGUGAUGGAGACGCUGGGGAGAGGCACGUACGGCAAAGUAAAGAAGGCGAUGGAGAGAGCAACUUUGCGCACGGUGGCCAUCAAAUCCAUCCGUAAGGAGCACAUCACCGAUGAUCUGGAGCGUAUCCACAUUCAAAGAGAGAUUGAGAUCACGUCUGCCCUACAGCACGCCAACAUCAUACGUUUCCACGAAGUGUUUGAGAGCAGGGACAAGAUAGUGAUUGUGAUGGAGUAUGCCAGCAGGGGAGAGCUGUACGAUUACAUCCAGGAGAGAAGGAGACUGUCCGAAACUGAGGCCCGUACCAUCUUCAGACAAAUCACAUCCGCUGUUCACUACCUCCACAAGAGCGGUGUUGUCCAUCGUGACCUCAAGUUAGAAAACAUCCUUUUAGACCAAGAUUUGCAUGUCAAGCUGGCAGAUUUUGGACUCUCAAACCACUUUCAAAAAGGCAUUCUUCUACAGACAUACUGUGGUAGUCCUCUCUAUGCUGCACCAGAGAUAGUUCAAGGCUGUCCCUACCAAGGCCCUGAGGUUGAUUGCUGGGCCCUAGGUGUUUUGCUUUAUGCUCUGGUGUACGGCAGCAUGCCCUUUGACGGAGCAAGUAUCAAAAUACUGACAGAGCAAAUCGCACAAGGUCGCUAUCGCAGACCAAACUCACCCUCAGAUGCCUGUGCCCUGAUAGACUGGCUACUGAGGGUUGAAGUGGAGGACAGAGCCACCAUCGAGGACGUGGCCAACCACUGGUGGGUGAACUGGGGUUACGAGGAGAGUGUGUGCGACUGUCCCACCUCCGCUCAGGACUGCUCCUCUCCGCUGCUCGCUCGCUACAUUGACUGGCAGAAUCAGGUCACUGCUGCUUGCCACUUCAGUUUACCCUUAAAGACAGAGCAGGGAGUAGGAGGAGCACGGACACAUGUGGGUAGCCUUAAAAAAUCUCGCAAGGAGAAUGCAAUCCCCCAGAAUGCAUUGCGAGUGGUGUGUGCUGCUUCUGCUGUUGAAAGUAAGAAACCAAAAGGUAUUCUCAAACAGCAGAGAAGUUUUGACUCAGUUAUUUACAGCCAACCUAGAGAAAGCAUGUCAUCCCAAACUAGAAGUAACAUUCAAAAUCAUCAUUCAGACAUCCUAUCCAACAGAGAGCCUUCUACAUUCAACCAGCACUCAUCCAAAAUGCCCAAAAAGGGUAUCCUCAAGAAUCUGUACAAUGGACUGUCUGAUUAUGAUCCUUCGGUAGCAAAGGCUAAUUCUGUAGUCAGUGCAGAAAAUGUUGAUUUGUGCUAUUUGAAACCAGUUUCUGCUGCAGAGGAUAGCCCCAGUGAUAGCCCCAAUUUGCGCACAGAGGCAGUAAGAAGAAGAAAGGGCAUACUUAAACGUAAUGGCAAGUUUUCACGCAGCCUGGACCUCUCUGAUAAUCAUGAUUUGUCCUUCCAAACCACAACAUUCCCUGAGACAUUACAGAGACAGCAUCUUCUUUCCAGUUCUGUGGUCGAAGAGAUGAGUCGUCCUUCCAGUAUUGUGAGUGAAGACAGUCUCUUUUCCACUGAGUCCUUUGACACACUAGACUUGAGUGCACAAUCACGGCACAGACUUUUCUCACAAGGCACACAGCAGCACAGAGCUUAUAGCUCAGAGGAAGAAAUAACCAGAGAGAUUUGAGGACAAUGCUGAAGAAAUGAAAACAUUGUCGGUCUGCUCCUAGUGAGCAGGAUUUUGUGUGGUAUAGGUAUAGUUUAUUAAUCCCUUGUGAGGGAAAUUCCUUUACUAUAUUUGACUAAUUCUUCAACCGGUGCCGGUGGGACAGCCUGUCAGGACCAGUGAGCUACUGCCAUACUGCUGUGAGCACUCAGGGACUCAUCUCCAGAUCUUGAGCUAGGCUUGGUCAGGAACACCUUAGCUUGAGGAUUUACCCAUGGUGCAUGUUUGGAGUUGAUGGGGGAAACAAGUGUGUCAAUUGAAGACAUACCCAGACAUGGGGAGAACAUGCAAACUCCAAACCAGAGUCGAACCCGCAACUUUCCUUCUAUGAAGCGUGAUGUGCAAAAUGUUACAGUCACAUGGAUCUUGCUUUGGUACAUCAUUUAAUGCAGUGAUUGGCUUUUUUUAAACUGAGAGCCAUAUUAGAAUCCAGACAUGUGGCAGAGGGCUGGACCAAUACUAUCACUGAUGUAAUAAGUGGUCAUGAGCACUUUUCUUUAAUCAAUUACUGCAAUCGUUUACUAAUUUAUAAUAAUUAUGAUUAAAGAAAUCGGUGAGAAUAUACUGAGAGAUGUGAUUUUUGAUUGGAAAAGGUUUGCUUUUUUGUCUAAAAUCUGUAUUGUUUUAUUUAAAAAUUAAUCAUGGAAGAUCCAUGGUAUAAAUGUACACAGUAAAGAAGUCAAAUACAUCAACACUACUUUUAUACUGUAAUAUGUAAUGUGCUCUUGAAAAUCAAAUAAGACAAUUACAUAUGUUACAGUGUAUAUGUCUAUAUGUAGUCUAUACAGUGCUACUCACGGCUGAGAUUCUUCUCCCUGUUUGAUACGUGUGAAAUCCUUUGCUGUUAUAUUUUUGAUGCUCACAAAUUGUAGAUUUUUGCUGUUGAGUUGCUGUAUUGAAAAUGACAAAGUUUGGGCCAAAGUCAUUUAGCAUUUGGGAAUAGGCCUGUAAUGUUGAAAAAAACAAGUUGAAAUUACUGAUCUUGUUUUGAGCUGUGUCAGGUGUUCUGUGAAAGAACCUGAGAACUGUAUGAACUGAUGAGAAAUGUUCCAUAUGAUGUGACCACCUGUGCCCCUGUUCACAUACAGGUUUGAACCGAAUGAUCUAACUAGAUAAAGUUUCAAACACUGAGCUAAAACCUUUGAAAAAAGUGUAAAUAAAUACACACACAAUAACCGUAAUAAUAAUAAUGAAUAAUAAAGCACAGUCUUAUCACUCAAGGUUGCUUCACAAGUACGGGUUCACCAUAUGGACACAACCAUUGAUACCCA